AUGGCACAGAGACACAGGCUCUCCAUUCCCUACGGAGCACCCAUCCUUGCCAUUUCCUUCCUGGCAUGUGUAGCCACAGGUUUGGAGCUGUCCAUAAACAACCACGCUGCCGACUUCCCCCUGUCUACGAGGCCUGGCAUUUCAGUGUCCCUCUCCUGCCUCGUUCACAACAGCAGCCGGGCUGAGAACCUGCUCUGGUACCGGGGAGAUGGGCAAGUGGGGCUGAAAGAGGGGAAUAAAGUGAACAUCAGCCACAUCUGCGUAUACCCAGUCAACGAGUCUGACAACGGAGUCACCUUCACGUGCAGGCUGGCGCGGGACAAGUCCGUGCAGGUGUCUGUGACCCUGGAUGUGGAGUUUCCUCCCCAGCUGAGUGGAGAGGAGACCCUCCAAAUCGAGGAAGAGAAAGAUGUUACUCUGACCUGCAACUCCAAAUCCAACCCUCAAGCCCAAACAACUUGGUAUAAGGACAAUGGCAACUUGACCCUACAGCAGGGUCGUCACGAGCUCCGCCAGACGAGCGAGGUCUUUCAGCUCUCCAUCAGAAAAGUUCAGAAGUCUGACAAUGGGACCUACACCUGUGUGGUGGAAUCUUCCUUGGGAAAGGGGACAAAGGAUUUCCACCUGAUAAUUGAAGAUAAAAAACCUGUUUUUCCCAAGGAGGCUGUUAUUGCUGCUGCUGUAGUGGUUGCAGGUGUGAUAUUUUUUGGAAUUGUGGCUCGAAAAGAUAAAUUAUGUAAGUGCUUCAAUAACUCAAGGGAAACAUCUCUGUAA